AACAUAUUCAAUAUUAAAUUUUCCAAAUUUGCUCAACUGUGCCACCAUUGAACUGAGGCAUGUCCAAUCCAUCCAAGUCUGUUGAGGAGCUGACACAGGUGUCAGCUGGCGAGGAUGCGCCCAGCACCAGUCGACAGGGCAGAGCGGUCACCCGCCUGGAGCAGAAUUCACCGUUGCCAGCCAGCGAGCCCAAGUGCGAUGGUCCGGCUGUGCGGAUCAGGCGCGAACUGAGGGACAUCUCGCAGAAUCCGCCACCGAACUGCAGUGCCGAGAUGUAUAAGCAGGAUCUGUUCCAUUGGCGGGCAACGGUGCUGGGUCCCAGCGGCACCGUCUACGAGGGUGGCACAUUCAAGCUGGACAUUCAGUUUGUGGCUGCGUAUCCAUUCCGACCGCCACAGAUCCGCUUCCUCACGCGCAUCUAUCACUGCAAUGUGGACAGUCGGGGCUGCAUUUGCCUGGAUGUGCUCAACGAGCGCUGGUCGCCCGUUAUGAACAUUGCCAAGGUGCUACUCUCGAUCUGGGUGCUGAUGGGCGAGUGUAAUCCCAAUGAUCCGCUUGUUCUCGGCAUUGCCGAGCAGUACAAAAACAAUCGCAAUGAGCACGACAAGAUUGCACGCUACUGGACAAAACGUUUUGCGAUGCCCAACAGCAACGGCAACGGCAACAGUAACGCCAAGCCAAGCUCCAAGUUUGAAUCAGAGAAGAAGGAGAGGCAGGAGAAGGAGCAGGAAAAGCCUUCGGAACUGGAGCAACAGUCCGAGCUGGAACAGCAGCAGCAGCAGGCGGAGCUGCAUGAGCAGGCCACAACACCGACAAGCAGCUCAAUUGCCAUUAAUUUAACACACAGUCGCAGCAGUCAACUUUAGACAAACCCCUACCCUCCCCUCCCCGCCCCCAGCAACACCCUCAUUCCCGCCCCAAAUCCUCGCCGGGUUGCAAGUGUGGGGCUGGCAAUCUUUGCUGGGCGUCAACAAUUUGUAAGCGCGCAAAAAAAUAUGGCUUGCAUAAUGCGACCGGGCACUUGGAGAUGGUCGCCCGUCCAAAUACUUUUAGCACGAACUGUGCCCUGUCCUCAACUCGAAAUCAUGAAUUCAUCUUUACUUGCAUUUUCAACUAAUACAAAUUGGAAUUGUGCUUGCCCAAAA